GAGAAGUUUUUCCGGCGCCUCGGGCUAUUCUCCUUUGUUUUCACGAUCUUCAUCAGUCACUCCUCCUCCUCCUGUUGGUCCGCCGGGCAGUGAGGCUCCCGUGACGGACAGACCGAGCCGGAGGAAGAGGAGGAUGCGGAGAUGAAGCUGCUGCUGUGGAUCGUCGUGUUAUCCCUGCGGAGCCCCGCGGGGAGCUGUGGGAGCGCAGGUGUGGUGUUCACAAAGCAUCCGUCCAAUCAGACGGUGUCUCAGGGGAACGAGGUGCGGCUGGGCUGCGCAGUAGAAGGCGUGACGGAGCCGGAGAUCACCUGGAUGAAGGACGGCGAGAAGCUUUACAGCACAGAUCAGGUGUUCCUCACACUGGGAGAGCAGCACUGGGAGACGUCACACAGUGUGAAGUCGGUCCAGCAGCAGGAUGCGGGUCAGUACUGGUGUGAGGUGGAGUUCCACGGCCUGACCUUCUCCUCUGAGCGAGCCUGGAUUACAGUGGAAGGAGUUCCUCACUUCACCCAGGAGCCUCAGGAUGUGGCGAUGUUCGCCGGCACACCCUUCAACCUGACCUGUGCCGCCGUCGGCCCCCCCGAGCCCGUGGAGGUGCUGUGGUGGCUGGGAGGAGUCCAGGAGGGGGAGCCCGGACCCUCACCUUCCAUCCUUCACGUCCCAGGUGUGAACAGCAGCAUUAAGUUUUACUGUGAAGCGAAGAAUGCCAGGGGCGUCUCCGUGUCCAGAACUGGAACCGCUCACAUCAAAGUGCUGCCGGAGGCUCCGGUCAGCCUGCAGAUCGUUGGGAUGGUGGAUAACAAUGUAACGUUGUCAUGGAAACCGGGAUUCACUGGUCACUCUGAACUGUCCACCUGCAUCGUCCAGGUGUCGAGGCGCUCCGCCCGCAGGUGGGACCUCCCACAGCGGGAGGUCCAGGUUCCUCCUCACCUCCACACUCUGACUGGUCUGAGGAGUCACGCCAACUACAGCACCAGGGUCUCCUGUGUGAACGAGGUGGGGGCGUCGCCCUUCUCACCCUGGCUGCACUUUCACACACCUGAAGCAGGUAAGACAGUGCCCUCCGCGGCCCCCAGGAACCUGACAUUUGACCUCUCGGAGCAGCACCUGUCUCUGAAGUGGGCGGAGCUUCAGGUGGACGAGCUGCAGGGUAGAUUGUUGGCCUACAAGGUGCAGUGGACUGUGGGAGGAGAGGCUCAGGAGCCGCUCCUCUUUAAGGAGAACUCCGCCCACCUCUCUGGAGGUGGUCGUUUCUUUAACGCGUCCUUCCAGGUGGCGGCCUGCACGGCGGUAGGCUGUGGGCCGUGGAGCUCCCCGGUGCUGCUGCUGCCCCCCUCAGCGCAGGUCCGGGUCCCGCGGAGCCACAUGUGGGUCGGUCUGCUGCUCGGCCUCCUGGUCGCCACCAUCGUCGGGCUGCUGCUGGCUGUCGUCGCUCAGCGCCGCGGGAAGGAGAUGCAGUUUGGCUCGGCCUUCAAGUCUCCGGGCGCAGAGACCUCAGUGUCCUUCACAGCGGCGCGGUCCUUCAGCAGGAACGUGACGGACCUGCAGGAGUCCACCUGUGAGUUGGACGGUCUCUGCAUCAACGACGAGCUGAAGAACAAACUGAAGGACGUUUUGAUUUCUGAGCGGCUGCUGACGCUCGGACACAUGCUGGGAAAAGGUGAGUUUGGCUCAGUGCGUGAGGCCUUCCUGAAGACUGAGGACUCGUCUGUCCAGAAGGUGGCGGUCAAAGUACUGAAAUCUGACAUCACCUCGUCAGGUGACAUCGAGCAGUGUCUGAAGGAGGCGGCCUACAUGAAGGACUUCCACCAUCCCAACGUCAUCCAGCUCAUCGGAGUGAGCCUCCACCGGCGUCCCGGCCAGCGGCUGCCGAUCCCGAUGGUGGUUCUGCCGUUCAUGAAGCACGGAGACCUGCACACCUUCCUGCUGCUGUCCAGGCUGGGAGACGAGCCGUUUGACCUGUCUCUGCACACGCUGGUCCGGUUCAUGUUGGACAUCUCUCAGGGGAUGGAGUAUCUGAGCAGCAAGAACAUCAUCCACAGAGACCUCGCCGCCAGAAACUGCAUGCUGAACGAGGACAUGACUGUGUGUGUGGCAGACUUCGGCCUCUCUAAGAAGAUCUACAGCGGCGAUUAUUACCGUCAGGGCUCCGUCUCCAAACUGCCCGUCAAGUGGAUUGCUCUGGAGAGUCUGGCUGACAACGUGUACACCACGCAGAGCGAUGUGUGGGCGUUUGGCGUGACGAUGUGGGAGAUCAUGACUCGCGGUCAGACUCCGUAUCCUGGCGUGGAAAACUCGGAGAUCUACGAGUUCCUGAUCAAAGGAGAACGUCUGAAGAAGCCGGCCGACUGCAGAGACGACAUAUAUGAGAUCAUGCACAGCUGCUGGAGUCCUGUCCCUAAAUGUCGGCCCAGCUUCCAGCAGCUGGUCGGCCAGCUGGAGGCGCUGUGGGUUAGCCUGUUGCCCGCCUCUCCUCAGAAGGAGCCGUUAUUCUACGUCAACCUGGAGGGCGACGAUGGCGAGCAUGGGGGAGGAGCCCGGGCCCCGGGGCCUGAGGAGGCGGCGGCGGCUUCAAACUGGGGCGUCCCAUGGCAGCGGCAGGUGGAGCACGAGGAGAAAGACUGGCUGAUUGGGUCAGGGGCGGCGUUUGCCAUUGGUGGCGACUACAGGUACAUCAUCGGCCCCUGUGGAGCCUCUGAGGAGGAGGCAGGGGGGAGGUGGUCCACAGACACGUUACAGGAGGAGGCGAGGGACGAAGAUGACGACGACGACGUCGUCAUCAACGUGUGACACAGACUGGCCAAUCUCAACGCUCCUCCGUCAGCUGAUCAGACUCACUUUAAGGCACGGAGCAGCAGGCGGGUGGAGACGCACUGAGGGACAAUCAUGACACUCCUCCCACUCCGUUUCAGAACAAAGAGUCAAAGGUUCCAUUAAGGAGUCGAUCAGCAGGUGAAUCGGUGACGGAGGGAGGUGCUGUUAGUCACCGAGAGGAAACAGAAGGGGGCGCCGAAACGCCUCACAUUCAUUUCAUUAAUAAACGUUUUAUUUUCAGGUCAGUAAAUCAAUAAUUCACGUUUUAUUGAUCGAUCAGCAGCUGCUUCUUUGUUCGAUGAUUAAUCACUUCUUUUUCACUAAUCGAUUAAUCAGCCUGGAUAUUUUCUUUGCAGCUUGUGUUUUAGAGGACGUUACCAUUUAGGUCUGGAGCUGUGCUUUUAUUUUGAAAGACUGGGGGUUUCCUGAACACACCUGUGACCCUUAUCUGGGCCAGGAGCCUCCAAUUGGACAACCGUGCACUGAACCUGUAUUAACAGGGAAACAUUUCAGGUUUGACCCUCCUGCUGAAGCUCCUCCCACAAAGCAUUUUUCUGAAGCGCUUUGAUUUUAGUUUAUGAAGUGUUGAGAAAUUAUGGGAUGUGUGAAAGCUGCUGGACGUGUACUGUGAGGCCUCUGUGGCUUACGUGUGCCUUCUAUGGUUUCUUCUUCACUGCGUGUCCCACCCGCUGUCAGUGUCUCUCUGCUGCCCCCGGUGGUGGCUGUUGCUGUAACAGUGAAGCUGUUUUGUUAUUACUGAAUUAACUUGAAGUUUUAAUGGCGACAGAUGACUGACCCUCUUAACUGAUUUAUUGAUCCUGGUUUGCGUUCGUGUCUGCAGUGUCUUGUGUUGCUAUGAUGACAGUCUUACCUCUGUGUGUGAUGUCUCACUGACUUCAGGUCUGUAAGAAAGUGAUAAUUAAAUAAAGUGUUUCCUGUUU